UUGUUGCAUAUUAUGGCUACAUCUCCGAAGUACGUGUGGAAGCAAGUCAUGCUCCUUCUCGCCAUCUCCGUAAGGGCCCAAUCUUUAGACAGCGACAUCAAAAGUGAACACAGUGAAUUACCGAAAGAAGUACGUCUAAUUGCAACACUCCCAUUAGAUUAUGACGAGGGCGAAUUGUGCGGAAUAGCCAUAGAGAAAGCUCUGGAAGAUAUAAACGCGUUUCCAGGCCUUUUAGUAGGAUACCAUCUCACCUACGAUAUCGUCGACACGAACAUGUGCUUCAACGGCGAAAGGGUGCGACGUUUUGCGGAAGAGCAUUAUCAAUUCCUUUUUGACGAAGUCGUGCGACGUGAAAGGGUUCAUAAUUCAAAAUCCGUUAUUGAAAAGAUUUCAGGAAAAUGGAGAUUUCCUUUUGUGUUGAUCGGUGGUGUAUGUCCAUAUGUUACGGCGGAGAUAUAUAAAUAUAUUGCUUACAUUUAUCAGGGCCGGAGAUUGAUUAAUCAGAUUUCAUGUAUUGCUACAUCUUUCGACUUGGCUGACAGAACGAAAUAUCCAACGUUCACCCGACUUACUGCUCCGGAACGUUUAGGUUCUGCUUUUGUGCAACUGUUAGCAACCUUCAACUGGAGUCGUAUAGCGAUUAUACGUGAGGAGGGAGAAAAAAUGUCAAUGCCUAUACGCGACAUUCUGAAGGAACUCAAACUUACGAAGGUAGAUGUUAUAGCCUCAAAUACCAUAAGUAUUGGCUUGACUCCUGUGGUGCAACAGUUGGAGGUAUUGAAGAAUCUGGACGCACGUGUCAUUGUUGUGAGUGUUGUUCAAAGCACUGCCAUGGAAAUAAUAUGCAGUGCAUUCAACCUGGAUAUAUAUGGGAAACAUUUUGUUUGGAUAUUUACGGACAACUAUUACGAGUUCGUGAAGCAUGGCAAUGUCGAUUGCUCGGUCGAAGAAAUGCAACAGGCGGUGGAAGGGAUGUUUUUUAUAAACCCUGUGAAUUAUAUACCCUUUGAAGGAACUAGCAUAGCAAACAUCACAUACUCGGACCUCAACGCAUAUGCUAAUGUCCUGUAUAACGAUUCCUAUGGAAUUAUUGCCGAUAUUGACGAAUCUUACCUCAUCGGCAAGUGUUACGACCAUGUAUGGGUUGCAGCUUUAGCGUUGAACUGUUCUUUAAACUCAACACUGAUUCUACAGAAUCCACAAAAAGAUGAAUUCUUCGAAGAAAUGGUGAAAACAACUGCUGACUGCAUUGAAAGGGUAGAUUUUGUAGGGACAUCUGGUAGAAUUAGGUUUGAAGAGGGGGCUCUCAAUCCAAAUGUCGAAUUGCAACGCAUUCAAGAUGCGAAGACAAUAGUGGUGGCAUAUUUUAGGCAGGGAAAUGGCAAAAAUUCCCAAUAUGAGUGGAUAAAAGAAGCACUUAUUUGGAAAGACGGUAUUAUUCCAAUAGAUUCUCUUCGCACAAUGCUCAUCGAGAAGUCCAUUCCUAUGUCAUUAUACUGUACGAUGUGUGUUUUUGCUGGUGUGGGAAUAGUUUUCACAAUCGCUUGUUUCGUUUGCAAUGUUAUUUGGAGGAAACACAGGAUAGUGAAAAUGUCAUCACCAAAUAUAAACAGCAUACUACUAGCUGGUUGUUUACUUCUGUAUGUAACUAUAAUUAUAAAGACAACGGCAACGACAACCAAAGCAAUUUGUGCGGUACAAUUGUUUUUCUUCUGGAUAGGAUUCGCUUCUGCAUUCGGUUCAAUGCUUUCCAAGACAUGGAGAGUUCACAGAAUUUUCAACAACAAAAAAAUGAAACGGAAAAUGUCCAUUAGUGACAAACAUCUACUGGUCAUCAUCGGAAUAGUCGUAACCAUGGAAGCAGCUUUAUUGAUAGUUUGGGAGAGUUUCUCGCCGCAGCGAGUGAUCGAGCAGGAACUAAAGAAAGAGAAUGUGACCACAGAAAGUGGGGAAAAGGUGGUACUUGUAUCUUUUUACCGCGUUUGUGACUCGGAACACUACUCCUAUUUCAUCUGGACCUUUCAAAUUAUGAAUGGCGCUCUUAUUUCCAUCGGAGCUAUUUUGGCAUGGGAAACCAGACAAGUGCACAUUGACGCCCUAAACGACUCCAAGACGAUCGGUAUAUGCUUGUACAACGUUCUCAUUCUGAGUGCCGUGGGCCUGUUCCUGUCGCGGAUUAUUGGGGACAAACCGGUUGAACUGAAUGGAGUCACUUCCGUGUGCACUUUCGUCGGAACUCUCGUCUCGGAGAUGCUGAUAUUCCUCCCAAAGAUGUUAGCUGUUUACCGGAACCCCAUUGCAACCCCACAGACUGCUGUUAAUAACGAAGAAUGCUUGACACCCUCGAACAUAGCAACACAGCGCAUUGAAGUAGUUGCCAUGCAUGCAUCAGAAAAGGAAACCACAACUUAAACUGCAGAAGAGAUGGAUAAGCAUCACAAAUGGACUGACGACGAGAUUGAAUAGGUAUUAAACAAUAAAAUGACGACAUAAUUUGAUUUGCAACACAAAUUGAACUUUCGACGAAAUUAAAAUUAAUAAUACAAAUUGAACCUACAGUGAUAGUAAAUUGAUAUCACACAUCAACAUUAAGAAUUGAUUUGAUUGACAUUUCAAAUUGAGCUUAUGAUCAGAUUAUAUUCAAACCACACAUUGAACUUAAGACGAUUUAGGAAACACGCCGAGAUUGGAUUCACAACGCAAAUUGAACGUACGACAAUAUUUCAUUGACAACAAAUAUUAAUAAUCAAUAUAAAUUAUAAUUUUAAAAUGUAAUUGGCAGUUUAUUGUUAAACGACGAUACUUGCAGCUUGUUGCUGAAUUGUACGAUGGUGAUUGGAAUGUCAACCUAUUGUAGUCGAUACUCAUUCGGUUUCAUUUUAUCAUGCCUGCGUGUUUUCAAAUGAUAGUGCCCUUGUUUGUAUACAACCGUAGAGUUGUCCAAUUAAAAUUAUAUUCUCUUUACUUGCUAUUUAAGUUAUACUGUGAUUCUAUGUGGUUCAAUUGUAUUUAUAUUUGAAUGCUUUGUAAAUAUUGUUGUGCCGAUAUUGGGUUUGCAGCUCAUUCAAAACGGCUUAAACCCCAAAAUCGUUUCAUCGACCGUUCAAACGAGACGAAACCAUUUUAAAUAGUGUUUAUGUGUUUGCUUUUCAUUUUUAUUGUACGUGUUCCGUUUCAUUAAAUGGUCGCUUAUUAUAAUAAGGCUGCUCUACUUUAUGUAUAGCUGAAGUUUCACUUUGUGUAAAUGUAAUUUUAUCACAUUAUUUUUAAUAAACUUCCUUGUAUAA